AUGAGUUAUUAAGAUUCGCCUUCUCCACUUUAACCUAUCUUGAAUUUUGAUGACGAAGAUGAAGCCAUGGAUCAUUUAGUAAAGGAAUACUAGAAUCAAGGAAUCAGUGAUCUUUCUAUGACUAAAUAUAAAUACUUAGUGUAAAGAGGAUUAUAAGUGAUCCAUCCACCAUUGCCGCUUUAGAAUAACAAAAGUAGACUGAGUAAAUUUGUGAGUUCGUAAGAAUUACUCUAAGUGGAUAAGACAUUGGUGGAUAAAUUAGAGAAGGAACAAAAAUGGCAACCUUAUAGAGCCAGGCUCUUUAAAAACAAUUCUCAACAUAGUUUAAGGAAUCUGAAUGAUAAAAGUUCUAGCAAAAUAUAUACAGGCUAUGGUCCUUUGGAUGAAAUUGCAUUCCAAUUGGGACACAAUAAAGCGUAAAUAAAACAUUAGAAUGAGUAACUGUCCUAACAAAUUGAGAAAUAUAUGAUAAGUAAGAGUCAAUCAGUAGGAAAAUUACCAAAAAUUAAGUGUUAUCCAUCUAGAUUAAAUGAUGAUGGUUAGAUAUAAAAUAAGCAUUAGCCAAAAGUGAUAGAAGUCAUUUAAGAUGCCUAGAUACCCAACUACUAUUUGAAUUGGGUUGAGAAAUUCUAUGGGAAAUGGAGACCUGCUAUGAGGGAAGGAGCCACAUUGAGUGUAAUUUAAAAUAAGUUCUAUUUGUAUGGAGGGAUAAGUGCAACUCCAUUCAAUGAUAUGAAUGUUUGGAAUGGGAAUGAAUGGUCUUAAAUUGACAUAAUAGAUAAGCCUCCUUUUGGAAGGACUAACCACGUAGCUGGAGUUUUUAGGAGGUCUAUAUUUUAUUUUGGUGGAGAAAAACCAUACGAUAAUGCAUAGAAAAUUAGGGAAAGCUUGAAUGACUUCAGAGUAUUCAAUACUGAAACUAACGAGUUCAAAAUUGUUAGAACCAGUGGAGAAGGAGUCGAAGUAAGAAGAGGUUAGGCUAGUGCAUUUGUGGGGAGGCAUUUGUUGAUUAUGGGAGGCAUAAAUACUAAAGGGAAGUAUUUAUCUGAUGCUUUUCAUUUUGAUGUCACAACAGCCAAAUAAGCUCCUGCUAAUAUUGAUACAUGCAAUUAUUUUUAGAAUGGAAUAGCUUUCCAUACUAUAGUGUCUGUAUAUAAUACCAACCGAUUAAUUCAACUUUAUAAAUCUAAUUUAGAUGCUGAAGAUUUGAAGGAAAUGAAGUAGAAGGUUGAAGGAGUUUAUUUGUUUGGUGGUGAAAACAAAUAAGGUUAAUUGUAUUCUGGUUUAUAUUUGUUAAAUACAUACCAAAGACCCAUGUAUUGGACUGAGGUCAAAGCCAAAGGAGUUCCUCCUAGUGCUAGAUAUAAGCAUACUUGUAAUUAUUUUGAUAAGUAAUAAUUGAUUGUCAUUUUUGGGGGUAUCAACAUUGAUUCGAUAUUCUUAAAUGAUUGCCACAUUUUCAAAGUAGAUUCUUAGACUUGGUGUACUAUUUAAAUGGAAUAUCGAGAUGGUCGAGCAGGUCAUUGUGCUGCAUAAGAUGAAAAUAGAUUGUUGAUCUUUGGAGGCUAUAAUGAAAAUGGUUUUGUUAAAGCUGACAUAGUGUGGUUAGAACUGGAUUAGAGUGUUCAAAUAAAGACACAAAGAGAGAAAUUGUCAAAUAUGGAUACUACAAAACAUGAAAAAAUGAAGGAGAAAUAGAAGGUUCAAGAUGAAUAGGAAAGACUUCUUAAACUUAGAGAACAGAUUGAGUUACUGUCAUUCAAAGGCAUAAAGUCAUUUGCUCCAAUGCCACUCAUUAAACAAAGAUCGAAGUCUAGUUUGUGGAAGACUGUUCAAUCCAAAAAGUAAUAGAUGUUGCAAUAGAAGAUGAUAGAGGAAACCUAACAUCUUAUGAAAGAUUUCAAUGCUGAAUCAGCCUAAAGGAAUGAAGAAAAGCAACAAGAAUAGACUUCUCCUCUUGUCAACUAAUUGGAUCUAAAAAAAAUAGGUAGAAAUCCUCGACCAACUAAUUGA